CUUUUCUAUCACGUGACCAGCGCGGUAAAUACGAUCCGGGAAGGACGGGAACUGUUUACGUUAGCACACUUAACGAACCCUGAACGUCUCAGUAUGUCGUAUCGAAGCCCAAUAGUGAGUUUGGUGGGUUAUAUUUUACCAGACAAGGAGGAUGACAGAAACGCGGACGAAGACUUUGAAACUGAAGAAGAGGAAGAGGAAGAGAAGGAGCCGGAGUUUCUGGAUAUGAAGGAGAUGGACUCCGUCUCCUCGGGGGCCUACAUGUUUAAGACCUCCGUACCACCGAAGACUGAAGUGAACUUCUUGGGCUCUGGAAAGAAGUGCAGGGUUGAAGGCCGCUUUGCUUUCAGGGAUCCAUGGUGGGAAAUCUCCUGCACUGCUAGACGGUUCGGUAACAAGUUUGUGAUGAAAGGCUACCCAUCCUACAGCCUCCGGACACAUCUCACAAAGGAAGGCCGUAAUAUUGUGUCUUUGUUCCUAAAGGCAUGUGGUGUAACCUCUGAUUUUGUCACACUGUUCAUAAAUUGGUUGCCAGAGAACAGACAUGUGGACCUCUCUAAUGUGGAAGAAGCUCUGAAUGACUUUGGGAAGCACGUAAACAGAGAAGCAGCUGACUAUGUUAUAUCUCUACUCUCUAAAUCAGCUGCAGGGUUGUAUGUAAGAGCCGCCAGCAUGUAUCCUCGUGUAAUGAAGUACAUGCCGAAAUUGCUGCCAGGGAAGUUUUUGAAUCUACUAAAUGAAGCCAAGGAAGAGGAGAAGCAGGCAACUCCGGAGGUUACAGAAAAUGCUGAGACUCCUCCAGAGCAACAGCAGAACACAUCCAUAUUAGCCAAACUGGAGGAGCUUAUCAAGAUGGAUGUAUGGAAGUUAGGCUUUAGCUAUAUCAUGUGGAAGGAGUUCCGGUUAGUUAGGUGUGAGGCUAAUGUGAAUGCAAUUAAGGACUGUGAGUUGUUCUCAGAUAUUCCUGUUCUACAGCAGAAUGCUCUGGAGGUAUACAAUAAUCUGAAGAUCUACUGCACGGAUGGCCACACCUACAUUGACCUUGAGCGUCUGCAGGAGAGGAUGAGAAAGCGGAAGAUGCCAGAAGAGAGUACUUGGAAAGCAGUGGACUUCCUCCGGAAGCAAGGUGUGCUGAAGGUAGAGAGGCAUAAGGUUGCCCUAAGAAAUUUCUACAAGUACGAGGCAGAAAUUGUGGACUGUCUGUCUGAAGUGGCGAUGGGGGAACACUGGAAGAUCAACCUGGAUGUGGAGGAGGUUCUCCGCUCGGCUCAGCGUGUUAGAAUGAGAACCAAGGCUGAUGCUGAUGUAGGGCCAUCUGCUUCGGCACAGAAAGCAGAAGAGCAUGGGGCUGCUGUAAAGCAUGAGCCUAUAUCUUUGUUAAGCUUGUCUCAAAAUUUGGAGAACAUUAUUGAGGAGGAACCUGAUCCCACCCCUAUAGAGCUGGACCCUGAUCAGGUGCGAGCAGCAAAGAUGAUAUGUGCCAACCCAGUCACGGUGAUCAGUGGGAAAGGGGGCUGCGGGAAAACCACUGUGGUCAGCUUGGUCUUUAAAGCUGCCAUGGAGCAACAAGAGAAAAAUAAAGAGGCUGAGAGUACCAAUGAGGAGAAUGAGGAGAACAAAAAACAUCCAUCAGAAGUCCUUCUCACUGCUCCUACAGGCCGAGCAGCAUCCCUACUGACAAAGAGAACAGGUUUCAAUGCGUACACCAUGCAUCAGGUGUUGUGGAGUUUCAUGAAUGCAAAGAAAAAACAAAACAAGGAGCCAGAGAACUGGAAGUUUGCUCAUGUACGGGUACUGGUGGUGGAUGAGGGCAGUCUGGUGUGUGUGCAGAUCCUUCACUCCCUCCUCACAAUGCUCACCAAACAUGCAAAGCUCCAGAAAUUCAUCCUUCUUGGAGAUAUAAGGCAGUUGCCCAGCAUUGACCCAGGGAACACUCUGAAUGACCUGUUUCAGAGUUUUGUGAAGCUGAAAUGGGCCAUUGAAAUGCGCACCAAUCACCGUGCUGAAUCGGAGCUCAUUGUUCACAAUGCUGGAUUAAUCGCAGACAUGGGUCAUAUGAAAAAAUUUUCUCAUCUGGACUUUGAUGCGGUUGUGGACCUGAGCAAACCUUUUAAAUUGCCACCACCUGACAAGAAGUUCAUUCUCAUCCUUCUUCCAAAAGAGGAAAGCGAUGAUGAUCUGCAGAUUUCCAUAAAAAGACUGCUGGAAGGCCCAGCACCUGGGCUCAAAAAUGAUAAAUCUUCACAAUUUAUUGCCUUCAUGAGGAAGGACUGUGCUUUGAUCAAUGAACUUUGCUGCAAGCAUUACUCAGGUCAUACCAUGAAAGCUCUUAAAAAUAAAAUAAACUUCCAGGUGGGCGAUAAAGUUUGUUGCACAAGGAAUGGCUAUGUGACAGAUUUAGACCAAGAGGAAAUAAACAAAACCUGUUCUGGGGAAGUGAACAAGGAUGAUUCUGAGGAAGAUAUUGAGGGAACCCAAAAGAAGAUGCAGAAGACUCGAUUGUGCAAUGGGGAGAUUUUCUUCAUUAAAGAGGAUCUGACUACGGAGGAAGCUGGUAAAAGGGGCAGUAAGACACGGAAGCUGCAGCUGAGUAACGAGUCUGACAAGGUGGUGUUGACUGUUGAUUACAGAGAGCUGCAGAGACAGUGCAAACUGCGGCACGCCUGGGCCCGAACCAUCCACACCUUUCAGGGCUCAGAGGAGAAGACUAUUGUAUAUGUCCUUGGGGAUGGUAGAUAUCAAAACUGGCAACACGUCUACACUGCUGUCACACGGGGUCAGCAGCGUGUGUAUGUCAUUGCAAAAGAGAAUGGCCUAAAGCAAGCCAUUCAAGGACUUGUCAUCAAGCGCUGUACACGAUUAACCGGCCUGGUCACAAAUCUGGUUGGCAAAUUACAGACAGUGAGGGAGGAUUUGUGCACUCAGCCCAUCCAGUCUCAAAUUGGAACUCCAAAGCGAGGUUCCAACUUUCAGCCAUUUCAGUCCCCGCAGCAGUCUUCGCCGAGCCCUGGUCUGUCCCAGGCUUUUUCAAGCCCAGUGAGGCUAUGUGCAAUGCCUGUCUUUAUGGGUACUCCUGGGCGAAACCAGAGCAGUGCUGGUGAUGAGUUUGUGGAAUGCAACAUCUCCCAGUCAAGAAGUCCAGGUCUGAGUAAGCGACAGAGCAGCACUGACAACUGUGCUACACCAGCCAAACAGCUAAAGACUGCUGCAAUGGAAUCACCACUGGGCUGUUCACGGCUGGAGCACCUAUGUCUUGAUGGCCACUCUCCCAAAUCCCAUGCCAGACAACUUUUCCAGUGAGCCCCCAGACUCUCCAAGACCAGCCACAGUAAAAGCAAGGAGGAUCAGGAGCACCCUGCACAUUCAGUACAGAAGUACAGAAUGUCGUCUUGUACUUCUGGGCAUUUCUAUGCAUAUAUGUUUUACUUUUUUCCAUUUGCACACAAAAUUCAUUUGUGAUAAGUGUCAGAUUUCAGUGUGUCUGUGCAAAUGGCGUGCUGUCUGGCAAGAGAUGAUUUUUAUUCCCUAUUUUAUCAUGCAUGCUUUAAACAUAUAGGUUUAUUUUCAAUGGGUGUUGAAAUAAAAGUACCCACUGCUACUUAAUAACAAAAA